AACUCUCGCAAGUCGCAAACGUACAGCUUCUUCAGCCCUUCGUACCUUCUCGUCUUCUCCCACAUCCUCCAUAACGGUGCCAAAGCAAGCGACAACGUAACCGAGCGAUGAGAUUACAGAGUGAUCGGAUUUAACGGAAGCUCAGAAUUCAAUGUAAUCCACCUUCAUCGCAUUUAAUUUGAAUCAUGGUUUGGGCACACAGUUGAAUUUCUCAGCCGUUCCUUCAUUCCUCCGUUCUGAUUCUCGUCGAUCCAUGGAAGAGGAGGCAUCGGUAGUCUAGGCAGUGUUAGCCCCUUUUUCUGUCAUCUGUUAGGGUCGGUAACGAUAGGAGUAGGGCCGAUCGGCCUCGAUCAUGGCAGUCGUGGAUAACGCAGACGUUUCUGAUAGAGGGAUGAGGGUAGAGUCCUCUUUUAGUCGUGAUAUCGAUGCAGGUGCUGCAAAGGAGCACGAAAAUCGCCUCGCUACUUCAGCGGCGGGGCUGCAGCAGGGUCAUUUCGGAGCAGCGAGGAUUAGAGGGCCAUUCCUUCGUCCUCACCAGGGCUCCUCCUUCUCAGGCUUCGAUGUUAAGGGCUUUCAACCACCGCAACAGUGGGUUGGGCAUGCGGCGGCUGUCCAGCUGCCUGAUGUUGGACGGAGGGGUAACGAGGAGGAGGGCUUUAAGAGGGAGAUGAGAGAUCUAGAGGAGCUGCUAUCAAAGCUUAAUCCGAUGGCUGAGGAGUUUGUGCCGCAAUCGUACGUGAACUCUGGAGCCGGGGUUAUUUGGAGCGGCGGAAGUGGCAUGGAUACCGGUUUUUACUCUAACAGUUUUGGGUUACCUAUUGUUUAUCCGAAUGCGGGCUAUGCAAAUGACGGUAAUCCUAAUGGUAGCAAUGCCAAAGGUGGUAGGCGGAGGAAGAACAAUCACAGCCAGGGAAGGAGGCUAAUGAACAGCCGAACAAGUAUGGCUCAACAAGAAGAGAUAAUUAGAAGAACUGUCUACGUGUCUGACAUUGAUCAGUUGUUGAUUGUCGCAUAUGCGGCGAUCCUAACUCUGUUCUUCGAUUCGCUUUUGUAGAGUUCACCGAUGAAGAAGGUGCAAAUGCUGCCCUAAGCAUGUCAAGGACAUUGCUUGGGUUUUACCCAGUAAGAGUGCUCCCUUCAAAAACCGCAAUCGCACCUGUCGACCCUAAAUUCUUGCCAAGGUCUGAAGAUGAGCGUGAAAUGUGCACAAGGACCAUCUAUUGUACAAAUAUUGAUAAUAAGGUUAACCAAUCUGAGCUCAAAAUUUUCUUCGAAAGAUCAUGCGGACCGGUGUAUCAUAUGAGGCUGCUCGGAGAUUAUCAUCAUGCCACUCGCAUCGCGUUUAUUGAAUUUGCAAGGGCUGAUAGUGCAAUUGCUGCACUCAACUGUAGUGGCGCUAGACUGGGGUCCUUGCCAUUAAGGGUGAGUCCUUCAAAGACUCCGGUGCGCCCUCGAGCAACUAGAACUUGAUACAUAUACAAAGGCAACUUAAGGUACUAUGCAGUUUGUUCUAUUGUUCAUUUCGUUUUGAUUUGAUUUGGUUUAUUUUGUUGGAUCCUCGGCAUAUCGGAAGGAGUUGGUUGAAUCCUUGAGGCUUACAAAUUUAUCACAAACUGAUGCUUGACUGGAUAUCUAUUGUCAAAGCUUUUGUAGAAUUAUUAUAGAUAUUUUUAUUGAAACUUGAGAUUAUUGGGUUUCCAGUUUACCAUUUAUGCUGGAUUCAGUUUGGCAGGAUAGAUA